UGCUUUUGUCCGCCAUCGUGGUGUGUGCUUUUGGCCCAGCUUCUCACCAUGUCUUCUCACAAGACUUUCAGAAUCAAACGAUUCCUGGCCAAGAAACAAAAGCAAAAUCGUCCCAUUCCCCAGUGGAUUCGUAUGAAAACUGGUAACAAAAUCAGGUACAACUCUAAGAGGAGACACUGGAGGAGAACCAAGCUGGGUCUGUAAGGAAUUAUGAGAGAUGGCACACAUAUUUAUGCUCUUCCGUGGUUGGCGAUCAUCUUGGCAUCAAGCUGGCUUGUCACACUACCUGGACAGUUGGGUGUUUUAAAUUGGAAUUCUUUGAUUACCUUAAGGAUGGUGUGGUAAUAAAUA